GACACGCUGCUCGCUUUCCGGCGGUGUGGCAGUCCGGUUUCACAGCACACGGCUCGCCUUGCGGCAGCCAUGGCGGCGCGCUUCAGCGGGGUGCUGCAGCUGACGGAUCUGGACGAUUUCAUCGCCCCCUCGCAGGAAUGCAUCAAACCUGUCAAAGUGGACAAAAAGCCUGGAAAAGCAGCAGCCAAGAUCAGGAUUGAAGCUGAUGGAAGUUAUUUCCAGGUCAAUCAGGAUGGGGAAGCCCAGAAGCUGGAGAAAGCCAAAAUCUCCCUGAAUGAUUGCCUGGCCUGCAGUGGCUGCAUCACCUCAGCUGAGAGUGUCCUGGUGAGCCAGCAGAGCCACGGGGAGCUCUGCAAGGUGCUGGCCCAAAACAAGGCCGCUGCUGCCCACGAGCAGAAGCUGGUGGUGGUUUCUGUGUCCCCCCAGUCCAGAGCCUCCCUGGCUGCCAGGUGCAAGCUGGGUUUGCUGGAGACAGCCCAGAAGCUGACCACCUUCCUCAAGGGCCUCGGUGUGCACCACGUGUUUGACACGACCUUCUCCAGGAACUUCAGCCUCCUGGAGAGCCAGCAGGAGUUUGUGAGGCGCUUCCAGAGGCAAGCAGAGGACAAAAAGGCCCUGCCCAUGCUGGCCUCUGCCUGCCCAGGCUGGAUCUGCUAUGCAGAGAAAACCCACGGCAGCUUCAUCAUCCCCCACAUCAGCACCACCAAAUCCCCCCAGCAGGUCAUGGGCUCCCUGGUCAAGGGCUACUUUGCAGAGCAGCAGCACCUGCCCCCUGACAGGAUCUACCACGUCACUGUCAUGCCCUGCUAUGACAAAAAGCUGGAGGCCUCCAGGCCAGACUUCUUCAACCAGGAAUUCCAGACCAGGGAUGUGGAUUGUGUCAUCACCACAGGAGAAGUGCUGAAGCUGCUGGAGCAAGAAGGAGUGUCCCUGUCAGAUGUAGAUCCUUCUCCUCUGGACACCAUGCUCGGCAGGGCUGCAGAGGAGCUGAGCUCUCACCGUGGCGGGGGCUCAGGAGGGUUCCUGGAGCACAUCUUCAUCCACGCUGCCCGCGAGCUCUUCGGCAUCCACGGCGCCUCCAUCCACUACAGACCCCUCAAGAACAAGGACUUGCAGGAGGUGACCCUGGAGAGGGACGGGCAGGUCCUGCUGCACUUUGCGCUGGCCUAUGGCUUCAGGAACAUCCAGAACCUGGUGCAGAAGCUCAAGAGAGGGAAGUGCCCCUAUCACUACGUGGAGGUCAUGGCCUGUCCCUCAGGCUGUCUGAAUGGAGGAGGGCAGAUCAAACUGGAGGGGGAAUCCAGCAAGGAGGAGCUGCAGCAGGUGGAGAGGCUGUAUGGAUCCCUGAGGGCUGAGGAGCCGGAGCAGAACCAGGCAGUGAGGGAGCUCUAUGAGCGCUGGCUGGGGGGCUGGGGCUCAGCCAGGGCCCUGCAGGUGCUGCACACCCAGUACCACGCUGUGGAGAGAGCCAGCUCUGCCCUCAGCAUCAAAUGGUGAGAGCCUCAGUGCCUUCUGAGCUGCACUGCUGAGCCUCCAGGGACUCUGGGCAGCCCCUGCCUCUGGGGAAGGGCCUGGCACUGCUCACUGACCCCAAAUCUGCCUCUGGGGAAGGGCCUGGCACUGCUCAUUCACCCCAAAUCUGCCUCUGGAAAAGGGCCUGGCACUGCUCACU